AUUAAACCACUACAAUUCUACUCAUCUAUUGCAUAGUUAACUUCUUCUGCAAUACAUAGCCUUAGGAAAGAUGGCCGUGCGUUAUAAGCUAGAGGCCGAUCUGGAUAUCAAGGCACCUGCUGAGAAAUACUACCAAUUCAUGAAAACCACAGUCUACCAUUUUCCCAACAUUUCAGACAAGAUCCAGCAGGUUGAUGUUCAUCAAGGUGCCUGGGACACUCACGGCUCCAUCCAUGUGUGGACAUACAGCAUAGGUGACAAGAAGAAUCAGACCUUCAAAGAGAGGGUUGAGCACGAUGACAGGAACCUGGCUGUCAUUAUGACUGGAUUGGAAGGACAUGUGUUCAAUGAGUUCAAGAGUUACAAAGGCACCUUUAAGGCAAUCCCAAAAACUGAUGGUACCUGCACGGUGAAGCAUAUUAUAGAAUAUGAGAAACUUGGUGAGGAUAGCCCUGAUGCACAUAAAUAUCUGGAUUUCAUUGUUGGGAUGAGCAAAGAUGCUGAAGCACAUCUGGUCAAGAAUUGAAAGGAAGGACCUCUUUGGUAAGUCCUAAUGUGUUUGUGUGAAUUUCCUGAGUGUUUGCAGGUGCUUUAUGUGAUGUGUAAUAAAGAGGUUAUGGGUGCUAAGCUUAAGCUGAAUUUUCAGCUGGUUUAUGUGUGUAAUGUUAAGUGUUUGUAAUGGAAUAAUACUCUCUGAUAUGAAUUAAUGAAAUGGAGAGUUCCUU